AUCGCGCCAAACAGGCUAAUCGGUUUCUUAGAUAUAUCGCCGCGUAUAAAAAUGUCCUCCAAAGUGAGGCCAUCGUUCAGUACUGUUCGGGUGGAUCGCGAAAGUAUACCAAUCAGUCAAACAUGAAGCUCUUCCUCGCCGUUAUGGCGUGUCUGGCCGUGUCCCAGGCCGCCACGCUCAGCUUCCAAAACCCCAUGACGAUGCGUGAUGCUCAGGCCGACCAAAGCAGGGUCCGCAUCGUGAACGGCUUCCCGGCAUCCCCUGGUCAGUUCCCGUACCAGGUAUUCCUACGAGGCUUCACCGCUGGUGGUGGCGCUCUGGCCUGCGGAGGUUCUCUCAUCUCGAACCAAUGGGUCCUGACUGCUGCUCACUGUAUCACCGGAGUCGUCCGAUUCGAAAUCCCCAUGGGAACGAUCAACUUCAACAACCCCGAAGUUAUGGGAACCUCCACCAAUUUCAUCAUCCACCCGUCGUACAACCCCAACAAUCUGAACAACGAUAUUGGUCUGAUCCGUCUGGAUAACCCGGUUGCCUUCUCCCAGAACAUCCAGCCAAUCAACCUCCCAUCGGCCGACCGCACCGGAGAAACCUUCCUGGACGCUCAGGCCCGCGUGUCCGGAUUCGGUCGCACUAGCGAUGCCCCUGGCAGCGGAGUUUCGCCAACUCUGAACUGGGUUGGAAUCCGUGUCAUCUCGAACGCCCAGUGCAUGCUGACCUACGGAUCGUCCGUCGUGGUGGCCUCGACCAUCUGCGGACUGGGUGCCGAUGCCAACAACCAGAGCACUUGCAACGGUGACUCCGGUGGCCCACUGGCCAUCACCGAGGGCGGCAGCAGCCUCCAGAUCGGUGUCGUGUCGUUCGUCUCGUCGGCUGGUUGCGCCUCUGGACACCCAUCGGGAUACGUACGCACCACUCACUUCCGCAACUGGAUCAACCAGCACACCGGAAUCUAAACGGGCUCGACAAUGAAAUAGAUACCGGUCAUGACGCUUUGUGAUUUUUUUGUUUGUAGAGACGGAAGCAGACGUAUAUUAUAAAUGGUUGUUAAAUUAAAAA